GGCAUAAUAUAACCAACUGUAUAAAAAUGGAGCAUCAACAUCAAAUAACAAAUCUUUCAUUUCAAAACGAUGAAAUGACGUUCCCACCGACUAUUGAAGUCGAAAUGACCGAGGUGCUUUCUAUUGACACUUCUAAAACAAACAUAGCCAUUGCUAUCGAGGGACAAAUGCUUGUGAAAGAGAUAGUUGAAAGAGCGAGUGCUCUGUUCAAAUCAUUACAAAGCGCUGAAGUUUUGAACUUAGAAAAGGCUGGCAGCGUUGAAAAACAACAGCAAAUGUCAGAAAAGACCCAGGAGACCUUAGAGAGUCUAAAAGAGCUGAUGGGUAAAUUAAGAAAUACGUACGAAGAAACUCGACGACGAAUGCCGGAUAUUCACAACGUUCUUACUAAUGGAAACAUCGAGCAUUUGCUACCACUAGAAAACGAGCCCAGCCAAAUAGCUGGCAUGGAUCUUCAAGACAAUGAGCGUGAAUGUUUAAUAAAGGAAGUUGAAACAAGAAAUGAGAAAAUCAAAGUUUUAAUCCAGAAAUUGCGAGCUUUGAUACAAGAUCUCGACUUGAUUGUUCAACUGGAAACCUCUCAAUAGUAAUUGCGAAAGAUGAGCAAAGUCAUAAUUUCAGGUCUCCUCGUGGAGAAAUGCAAGUCCUCGUGAAGAGACUUCUUUAACUGUAAACUUCUUCCCUCUUUGUCUCAUGUUAAAAGCCUGUUGAAUGACAUCCUCUCUUUGGUCUCCAUAUGCAAGCACUGCCAAGAUGGCUUUCAUUUGUUCUUCACUGUGAAAAUCUAUCAUGAAAUAAAAGAAAGCAUCUCGCAAGAAUUUUAACUUGAGAUGAUAGUGUUGAUCUUGUUCUUUUCUUUUCCAGUUUGUAGCUGAAACUAUUGCAUUGUCCAAAAUUUCCGGAUGAUUAUUUUUUUUAAUUUCUUUGAUAAAGUCAUUCUUCUCCAUCAACUCCAUUUUCAGCUGAAGAACUUCUUCCAUAGAUGAACAACAUGAAACAGUAUCGUCAGGUGGAGAUUCGAGUUCUUUAAUUCUUUCCAAGAGCUCUUCUCUGUCUUUCUCUGACUUUUGUAAUUUCGUAGAUAGCUCUUGAAUCUCCAGUGCGUUCUCCUCCAACAUCUUGCUCUUUUUUAGAAAUUUCACUUGCUCUUUAUGGAUCUGUUCUCUACCUAAAACAAACGUAUUUUCUUUGACACAAUGCAUUUGAAAUGAACGAAUGUUUGGACAAGUUUUUCGUACCUUUUACCAACUCUCUACGAAGUCUUGCAAUCUCUUCAUCUCUGGUUUUUAUCAAUUCUCUUGAAUCCCUCAAUGCUCGUUCCAGUUCACAAAUGGUGCCACGUAAUAGAUGAAUCAUUUCUGAUGAACUAUCGUCGUAAAUAUCCUCAUCUUGAGCUAUAGUAAACAUUGAUUUCUUUACAAGUUCUUCUUUGUUAUCGUGUAUAUCUCCAUUCUUUGUUUUCUGCUUGUGUUCUUCUGUUUGACUGUUGGACUUCUCCGUCAGAUUGAUUUCUUCCGUCGUUCGUUCGUUGUCAUUGUCAAGUGAAGACUUGCAUAAAUCUUGAUCUUUUUUUGAUAAGUUUGAUUCCAAAUCACCCUCUAUAUUUUUUUCUUGAAUUUUGUCUGUAAUACAAUUUCCGUUCGAUAAAAAUUUCCUAUAAGUUAUCGUUUUUUGGUGCAAGUCUUCGCGAUACUCUUCUUUGUUCAUUCGAAUGUCUUCUUCGUUGGUUGUCAUAAUCUUCAGUAAGCUAUCUUUGUGGUUAACUACGUGGUUAACCUCACUGUCUUGUCCUGUUAUAUCGACUUCGACAGUUAGAGAAUCAGUACUUGCCAUUUCAGAAGUGGUCAUUUCCAUUUUGAUCGACUGAUUUAAUAUUUGCCACCGAAAUGCGUGCAAGGCUUAGUAAAUAUUAAAUAAAGUCGAAACUGAAACUUUCCGCCUUUUUCUGUUUAUUUUUUUUGUGAAAAUUGCUGGUGCUAUUGAAAUUAAACAAUGUUGAUUUUACAAUGUACAGGUAGUUGAGGUAUCCUUUGUAAAACCUUUGAAAACCUGUUCAAAUCAAACAUUCAUAUUGGUUUGGUCAUAGUUAUAUACCGCCUUAUUAGUUGUAAUGCAGUUAAACAAUUCAUAUCUAUUAUACGUAUUCUCUAGAGUUGCAUGUAGUAAUAAAGACAAUGUAAUAAAUGAACUAUGAAUAAUGUUGAAUAGACCAUGAAUAAUGUUUAAAACAAACGUG